AUGGAGGGAUUCCGAGCCCUCGACGCCUCCACCGUUGACGACUCCGAUGCCGCCAAACAGGAUGCCAUCGACGUCGGGAAGAAGGAGAAGGCUGUAAAGAUGGCGGUCCGCAAAAUCCGUCAGAACGCUGUGGGUGACGUGAACGAGAUAGCUGACAAGCUGAAGGACGCCCUCGACAACCACAGCAAGGCGAAACCUGAUUUCUCCGCCUUCAUGGACAGCUCUGCAGCGAGGGCGAAGGAGCAAGCCGAGUUGCAGGCCGCGGAGACAAGGCGUAUUGUGCAGCGUCAGGAGAAGAUGGACGAGCGGGCGAAAGUCGCGAAAGCUAUCCAGAACUCCGCCUCGGAAUAUCCACCCUUGGAGGACGGCGAGCCCAUCCCGUGGACGACCUUCGACGACUUCUGGGGAGACGUGCGCCCCGUGGUCCAAGCCGAGGCGGAGAGGGAAGCCAUUUCGUCACUGUACGACGACGACAUCCGCAGCCUCGUGUUCGACGCCAGGGACAAGAAGUUCAACCGUGACCUGUUUGAAACAGGCACAGGAGAUUUCUCGUCCAACACGGCUAAAUUUGUGAUGAAGACGAUCCACAAACACGUGUACCUCAAGAGGGUGUCCUGA